GGCAGCGUUGGCUGAACGUGAUCAUGUUCCAUCCUAUGUCUUCCUCAUGCGCAGCCCAGCGGGAAAACCAGACGAGUCGUGAGCCGAGAAUUCGCCGACGUAGGCAUGACUUUCGAGUCAAGCUUUAACCUUCAACCUUCACACAUCGGGUGGUAAUGGGUCUAUCAUGAUAUUGCAUCGUCGAUCUAGCACUAGUUAAAUUUCUUCCUAUCCACUCCAAGUGGCGCGCAAAGGAGUCCUUCAAUCCGUUGACUUCACAACACGGGUGCACAUUUUGGCGAGUUCCAUCGCCGACAAAGAACCCUUGCGAAACUCCCGCUCGCUGGCAUCUAUUCUCGUGAAGACGUCAGCUGCCCUAUCACGAGUUGUGACCUAUUGGUACCAUGGAUUGGCCUACAAACUUAUAAAUUUACCAUUCUCUACGAUGGGUAUUUUCAGGUCCUCAUCAUGCAUUACAACUACUUGACCACGUUUGUUGCUGCUCUUUGGCUUACCACGCUGAGUUUGCAAAAUGUUCAGGCGAGACACCGAGACACAAUAGCACCAAACCCUGCUAAUGGACAUUGGGUUGACACUUGGACUGCUAUGCCACAGUUGACCGAGCCAGAAAAUCUCCCGCCUGCACCGUUUAAUCAAACGGGCUCUGUCUUCCGAGACUCCACUAUUCGUCAGACUUUACACAUGUCUAUUGGAGCAGAGCAGAUCCGGAUUCGAUUCUCCAAUGUCUUUGGGACCACCGAUUUACCCAUCACUGCUGUGACGGUUGCGCUUCCCGUUAAUGGCACUGCUGGUGUUAGUGCAAUUGAACCUUCAACUCUCCAGACCGUUACCUUCAGCGGUAACUCUUCUGUGAUCGUCCCGAAUGGUGCACUCGUUGUAUCAGACCCAAUCAAUUUCCGCAUCCAACCACAGUCGAUGAUUACUGUGACGAUGUUCCUCCAAGAUGGUCAAGCGAGCAACGCCAUUACCUCUCACCCUGGUAGUCGGACGACGAUUCAUUUCGUGAACGGUAACCACGCCACAGAUACCAACCUUACGAAUCCCACAACUGUACAGCAUUGGUACUUUGUCAUUGCUGUCGAAGCUUGGGUGCCCCAGAACAAUGUCGCCUUUGCCAUCGUUGGAGACAGCAUUACUGACGGGCGUGGCAGCGACCCUGACCACAACAAUCGCUGGCCCGACCUGGUUCUGGCUCGUAUGCAAGCAAAUACGCCCACAAAGUCCAUCGCUGUGGUUAAUCAAGCGGCCGGCGGUAACCGUAUCCUUGCUGACGGUCUGGGACCUAAUGCUCAAGGUCGCAUUGACCGUGAUGUCCUCGCUCAGUCUGGCGUCAAGUUCGCGAUGAUUUUCGAGGGUGUUAACGAUAUCGGUACCGCAGCCACUACUGCUUCCGUACAAGAUGCACUUUAUGACCGGUUGGUUAACGCUUUCCAGCAAAUCGCGACUCGCGUGCACGCUUUCGGCAUUCCAAUCUUCAUUGCCACAAUAACGCCGUUUGGGGCCCCGAGCGCUGCUAUACAGCCAUAUUCUGACCCCAAUCGCGAAAGGACGAGACAGAGAAUCAAUACUUGGAUCAGGGAUAGUGUCAGCACGGGGAUUUAUGAUGCGGUUGUGGAUUUCGAUGCGGCAGCCAAAGAUCCAAACAAUGGCACGCGGUUGAACCCCCAAUUCAACUCAGGGGACUUUCUACAUCUGAAUGUGGCAGGAUAUCAGGCCCUAGCCAACGUAUUCCCUCUGGAUGUGUUCGAAAAAUUCUCGUCGGGUGUGAGCGGCUUCACGUAGCGGAUAUAUGCAGUGAGAAACUGGGUUGUCACCGCUGUUUUCCCGAGCGCCAUCCUCCUGUUUCUCCUUCGGUGACGGGUUCAGAAUUUGGACAUAUUCCUACAUUGUCAAGCCAAGCGACGACGUACAAGAUAAUUAGUAAAUAAAAAAUACAAAGUCAAUGCAGACCACUUUUGAACC